ACUCAGAUCGCUAGCCCCUCCCGCACUGCGCCCUGGUGCCGGCUCCAUUCUGAGGGAAUUUUCUGAGAGGUGGAUCCAGGGGGAGGAGCUCGGCAUCUUGUGGCUGUCCCGGCCAGACAUUAAAAAGCCCCCAGGCGGGAGUCAGCUCUCAGUUCCUGCAAAUCCAUUGCAUCCCUCACUUUUGAUACAGGAGGAGCUGACAAAGGAGAGUAAGGACGAGAGAAUGCACUCUCUAUCCUUGUUGCUUUUGAGCUUUUGUUUGCCCUUGCCGACUUUGGAAGCAAGUCGCUGGUGUUACGACUCUCAGGCCAUCAGCUGUGGACCCAUCACCUGGAAGAAUGACUAUCCAGUGUGUGGCCUGAAUAAACAGUCUCCCAUCAACAUUGUAACCAAGAAAGCUAAACUUGAUAGAAGUUUGCCUCCCAUUAUCUUUAAGGGUUAUGAUCGUGUUGCUACAGAACAAAAUUGGCAGAUCUCAAACAAUGGUCACACAGUUACUGUGAAAUUAAAUGGAGACAUAGCCAUCGAAGGUGGAAACCUUCCAAAUACAUACAAGGCAGUACAGUUCCAUUAUCACUGGGGAACAGUAUCUAAUCCUGGUUCAGAACAUACAAUAGAUGGGGAACAAUAUCCCAUGGAGAUGCAUCUUGUCCACCAUAAUGAAAAAUACGAUUCUUUCGAAGAUGCUGUUAAAAAUGCUGAUGGUGUGGCUGUGCUGGGAUUUUUAUUUGAGGAAUCAACUAAAAAUAAUGAAGAAAUGAAUGUCCUCAUCGAUGCUCUGCAGUUAGUUUCAAAUCCUGGUAACACAAGUUCGUUAAAGCCAUUUGCACUGAAUAGAAUUAUUCCGGACCAUGAGAAGCUUAAGAAAUACUACUGCUACCAUGGCUCAUUGACUACACCUGCAUGUCAGGAGUCAGUAAUCUGGAUAGUAUUUCCAGAGCCCAUUCCUAUCAAUAAGGCCCAGCUUGAUGAAUUUUCCAACAGACUUUUCUUCGACGAUUCACAACCUAUGACUUUAAACUUCAGGCCUGUUCAAAAACUAAAUGGUCGCCCGGUCUAUGUUUCCGAUUCAGCUGUGAGACUUUUCAAUGUGGCAUGGCUGUCAGUAAUACUUGCAGUCUUGACAUCUAUGUGAUUCAAGUGAGCAACCUUUAGAUCCCAUUGUCACAAGUGAAGCAGAUUUUCUUCUGUCCAGCAGCUAUAAAGGGAAAUUCCAGUGUUGUAACUAUCUCAGUCUGUACUAAUUAAUAAUAAUUGACAUUCUUCUUCUCAUUUGAUAAGUUCUGGAACGAAAUGAACAAAACAAAGACUGUCCUGUUAUCACUUUGAUCUACCAGUGCACUUAGCAAAUGGGUGGUAUUCCUGUAAUAGUGUAUUAUUUUAAGUGUACUUGUGCACUGGUACAGUAUAGAUUGUUUCAAGAAGAAAUCUCUUUAGAACAUGGUUUGAAUCAGUUAAGGAUUGUGCUUCAUAACAGAAGUUCAGUUUUCACACGUCAUAUGAUACUGGGCUGUGCUUUUUAAUAAUAAUAGAUUAAAAUGUUACAAAUGAAAGAAAAUGGAAGCACUUGAACUUGCAACCGCAGCCUACCAAAAACAGAAUAAAUGGCUGAUUCCUCAAACAGGAAGCACUUGUAGGCCUGUCUCUUGCAUCCUAAGCAGCUUUCUCCCGGGUCUAACUAGCGGCAUUUAAUGGCUAUAAACAUAAAGAUAAUGGCAGUGGGAGGAGUGAUUUUAAGCGCCAUUCAUUUUUAAUUAGGUUCCCACCCAUGCGUGGCGAGAAGAGGGCAAAGUGGUUUUAGCCACUGCCCCGUGGAAAAGAUUUUGAUAAGGCCAUGCAGACGGGGUACAAAGGAGACAUGCUAGAAUUAUACAAAGGCUGAAGUACUCAUUUAUGUAAGGAGGCUGAAGAAGCUGGGAUUCACCUCAGCACAGAGAAUGUUAAGGGGAGAUUUAAUAAAGAUAUUCAAAUUAUGUGGAUUUUCUUUUACAAAGAAUGAUUUCAAAUAUUGGCAAAUGAUUCAGAAGGGAGAUAAGGACUGUUCUUUUUUCAACAUAGCAAGCUGUUGCAACCUGGUUAGAAUUAGAAUUGCAAUUAAUGCCUGCUGAUGGCAUUGGACCCUGUCUUGCCACUGAAUCAGGAGAUCUGGUUUAAACUGAAGAUGAGAUCGAGGUGGAACAUUGUGGCUAAUCACUGGGUGAAUUUUAACUGCCACUACCCCUGAUUUUCCGGUAUUAUGUAUAAAAUUACAGUCUAACAAAUAUACCAUGAUGGAAUGGGCUGUGUUCAGAUUCCACCUCACCUUUUAUCUGCCAUUUCAAAUGUUGAUAGCUUCAUUUUGACAUAUUAAGAAUUUGUUUAAAUCAAAAGUUUCUUGAAUUGCUUUCCUGAGGUUUCUUUUCAAAAUAGGCCUGAUUUAUUUCAUUACAUGUUUAAUCAGGCUUUAAGCAGUUUAUGUUCAUUGUAUUGAUGUUAACAUAGACAUAUUGGAGGAUCAGGUAAAUGACUUGAAUUUGUACAAAAACUCACUUUGCAGUUAAAUCCUAUCAGAAUGAAUGAGGUUUGGUUGCAGUUAUUUUACUUGAUAAUACAUGUGAAAUUGAUGUUUAAAAACACUAUUAACUAAAAAUAAUCAGCUAAUACCUAACCAUGUGCACAAUUAUUUUAGCUGGCACAUCUCUGAAUAGAUUCCUUUUAUAACUACUCCAAAACAUACAUCUGGAGCAUUGCCUAGUUGUCAGCUGGUAAAUCGUAUGGAGCUCCAAACUGACUCAAAUGUGUGAGCAAAUCGCCCUGUGAAAAACUGAAAUUUCUCCUAAGUGUGCUGAAGUACUUGAAAUCAUACUGCAGUAUUAGCAGCAAGGUAGCUAAAAUAAACAGGUUAACACUAUUAAAGUUGGGAAGGAAAUUCAUAUCAUUGCAGUAGUGUGUUAAUUACUAACAGCAGCGCACUUUCAAUUCCUGGUGAAAAAAGCAUCAGUGUUAUCUUACAAUACAAUCAAAUAUCCAAAAUUCAAAUUUAAGGAGUAAGUUAAGGGCACUUAUACAAUUUUAUGAAGAAUCCAGUCUCAAUUUUACACAGGAUUCAGGGACGGCUUCAGGGAUUAUAUACAGAAGUGUAUGUGAUGUUUUGCUGUAGAGCUCCAAUUAAAUAAAGCAGAUGUUUACAGUAAUUAGAGAGAGCAUGUUGGUGCCAUAAGACAAACAGAGAGCUGGAGAAACUCAUCUGUGAAGAGCGAUACUGUUUUCAGUCCAGUGACCCUUAGAGGAAAAAAUUGGUUUUUCUCUUUACAGAUGCUGCCAGACCUGCUGAGAUUCUCCAGCACUUUCUCUUUUUGCUUCAGAUUUUUGGCAUCUGCAGUUUUUUUCUUUUUUAUUUUGGAUAUUAGUGCCAUGUUUCAUACAAUCACUUUAUAACUUAAUGGUUCCAUUGAAUGGCACAGCACAGGAACAGGCCCUUCAGCCCAUCAUGUUUGCGCUGACCAUGAUGCCAUUAAGACUAUUUGAAGAUCACUAAUUUGCUUGGGAAUUUCAAACUGCACUGAUAAAAUUUCUAUCUUCAAUUCUAAAUGACAUGCAUAACAACCUUUCCUCCUGCCAUCCAGCAAAUUGAUCCCUGAGUUAUUUUCAUGUCAGUGUCUGUCCUUGUAUAACCAUAAUGUUAGCUUGAGUUCCUGUAGGAGAGAGAGAGAUGGUGAGUUGCCACUGCAAUCCUGUGAGAUGAAGGUACACUCCAUCCCUAGGUGCUGACCUUAUAAUUAGAGGUUAGAAUACCUCUAUCUUGCUUGGGGAAAAAAACGUAUAACUACAGUCCUUGAGAAAUUCACUUGUGUGAAGAAUUUUAUAAAAAAUGAGGAAUAUCUUCUGUGAAUCAGAACAAAAAAACGUGAACUCAUAGUGGCUGACUAGAUUUUCUUUACCCUUAAUUUUUUUUAUUAUUGCAAUUAACUAAUUAUAAAAUUUUAAAGACAUUGAUCACGUGUCUUUGAGAGAGAACAUUCAUCUCUCUUCGGAAAGCCACACAAAUUGAAAUUCAGCGUUAACUACCAAUUUAAUAAUCCUACAAAAUGUAUUGCAAUUUCCCAUUGUUAAUUGCUUGCUUUUUUCAGUCUACUUCUAUUGUUUAUUUGUAUUUGCUUAUUUCAGCCUAGAUCAGUGUUUUUCUUUUAAUUAUGUUGUCCUUUGGCAGAACUUAUUAACAUUCCAAUAGUUUGAGCCAGGCAAUAUUAGUGCUGUGCUGACCUUUGUAUUAUGUUUCCUUGGGCUGAGUUUUACAUUUCAGACAGGUCAUCGGGGAGAGGCACUGAGCAAGGUUGUGCGUACCAAUUCUCUGAGGAAGGGAGAAAUGGUGAGAAGGUCACGCUAAGGCUCACACAUACCUCAGCAGUUAGAUAACACAGCUUUGUUGUCAGAGAUCUGAGACUGAGGGUCCUGUCACCAUCUGCAGUGAAUGGUGAACUUAGAGACCUAAGAGAUGGCAGAAUAUUGUAACAUGGAAGUGAGUAGUGUACUGUCCUAAUGUACUAGUUAUGCAUUAGAAUUUAUUAAAUGUUGCCCUCAGUAACACUAGUUUGGUGAUUUAGAAUCUGAAACAAAAUUGAAUACUAAAAAGUCUCAGGUGCCAUAGUGGUUAUAACAGUUUAGUAAUGUGUGUGUAUAUAUGCCAGUGUAUAUGUAUUUUUGUACAGGCAGGAAGUUGUCUCCUGUUAGUGUGUAUAUAAAAUGUCUGUGUGAGCAUAUAAGAUACACUUAGAUUUGAGGGAAAAAUGGGACUAAAGUAUUAGUUUACAAAAUCUUUGUAACACUGAGCAGUUGAUAAUUCUCUGCACCUGUAUAAAUGUAAAUGCUAUCAGCUCGGAUGGAGAAGGAUAUAUUUUUUUUCCCCGGGCUGUGCAGUGCUAUAGUUUGACUGUGUGGUUUCAGGUGGCCUUAAGAGGCACAGAGCAAUAGGAACAACGAAAUGUUGCAAAGUGUCAUAACCUCAAGUAAAUCCAUUCAGAGUUUCAGUAUGUUUGAUACCGGUGGAGGACAUGCAUUUGUGAACAGUUAGUUUCUUUUUAUAGUUGUGUAUUCUACCUUUUAAGUGAAGUGACAACAAAGCUGAAUACCAGAGAUGUCCCACUGUUGAGACCAUUGAACAAAGGCUCCUUUGAACAGAUGCAGCUGUAUUUUUGUUUGCUUCCACUUGACCAAGUUAUUUUUGUUAUAAGACAUAGAUUGCAUUAGUAAUAUAAUGUUAGAGGAAAAUAUUGUUGCUCAUUUCUUUUGUUGUAUGCUCAUGGGAAGAUAAUAGCAGUUACGAACCAUUGGACUCUUUAUAAUCUGUAUGCAGUGACGAAAUUCUGUAAUAGUUCUGUACAUUUACAAUUGUAUUUAAUGGAAACGUGUAAAUAAAGUUCACUGAGAUUUGUAAUUUUGUUAACAAUAUGGAUAUGUCAUGGCAGUACUGAGUGAACUGGAAUAUUGCUAUUGACGUGUAAAUGAAAAAAAUAUUUUGUAAAAUGUAAACCUUUUUUGGAUCCAGAUAUUUUUCCAGUUCAUUUUGUGACUUUUUAAUCGAACAAUAAAGAAAUGUGCAAUCUAA